UGAAAGGAACAAACGACGUCACAAACCUAAACCCCAAAACCCUGUUCCUUCCUUCCCCAACUUCACAGUUGCCACAAAAAUGGCAUCAAAAAAACCAUGGAGAAUAAUUCCAAGACCCCUUCUAGAAACAAUCCUCAACAACCACGCUCAACGCCACCGUGUUCAUCAACCACUCGUCCUUCACGGCCCUCGCGGCGUCGGUAAAACAACUCUCAUUCUCGAACGGUUACUCAAUAACUGGAACAACGGUCCUCACAUAACCGGUUAUGUCGAUUUUGCCGAUUCUAUCAAAGCCCAAACAAGCCCAUGGGCUUCAUGGUCUAACUCACCACCUCCAUCUCUCUCUGAUUGCCGCAAAAAUCUCGAUCAAUGUCUAGAAGCUAUGGCUGAAAAGGCUCUCCGAUUGGGAGCCAUUACUUCGCGACAGAUUUUCACUUCGCUUAAUAAAUGGCACGGUCUUACCACUGCGUUGAAGCGUGUGUUGAAUGAUUCUGGUUCUAGGAAGGGCUCUCCGGCUGCGCUGUGGGAUCGUGCGGUGUUUGUGAUGGGGAAAGAAUGUAGUGGUGAUGAGAUUGAUAGGGUUUUGGGAUUUGGGGAUAAGCAGAAGAGUGUUUUGUCUGUUGAAGAGGGUUUGUAUUUUAAGGAAUCUGUUCUUGCGUUGAAGCUUGCUAAGAAAGUGAUUGAGAUUCAGCAAGGGUUUAGAGUUAAUGCUAUUGCCAAUAUGAAUCGAACUGGAGGGUUUUCGAGGUCCCUUACUCAUUCUUCAACUGAUUGGCCUGUUUUGUUGUUGGAUUUGUUGUCACAGGCUGCUGAAAUUGAUCAUUUUCAGCCAAAACUGGUUAUUAACAAUAUCGAAGUUCUAAAGCAUGCUACCGUAGAUGAUGAGUUUUCAGUCAGUGGACCACUCUAUCAUGAUAGCUUGAUAUGGAGAAUAAUUGCUUUGGGCGCUAAUGAGCGGUCUCUGCCUAUUAUCCUCGUGACAUCUGAUAGUUACUAUUCAUACGAAGCUUUCUUGGAUUUUGGAUAUAUGGAGAUAUUCAUCUCACGUGAGACCUUUGGUUGGACUCCAAAAGAAGCUCAAAUGCACAUGGUCACUGACUAUUUUAGUCAAUCAGAAUGGAAAGUGAUUGCUGAGGUACUUGGGCCAAACCCUCGACAUCUAUUUGAACUUUAUGCACUCAAACAAAACAAUUAUUUACAGAACACAACAGCAGGUGGAGCUAGCACAUUCGAGGACAUUGUAGAUGCUUAUCUAGCAUAUUUGCAGAUUUCUGCCGUGAAUCCUGCGUUGGAUAAAGCAUUGGAGAUAUUGCAAAAAUUUGCAAUUGAUGUGCGCAUUGGAAAGGUUCCAGAUGACGGAUUACGUUUCGGUGCACCUUGGAGGCAUCCGCCACAUGUUGAUGACCCUAAAUUGUGCAGGGAGUGGGCAAAGCUUCAGUUGAUGGAUUUUAUUCAAUCUCUGGUCAAUGCAGAUUUCGGGGUCAAUUACCGAAUUGAUUAUAGUGAAGAAAUAUUUGAUGAUCCUUCUGCUCUUGCAUUAUUACAGGUGGGGCUGCUUUAUGCUCAACGGGAUCCACCCUUCUUUCGUCCCAUAUCUAUAGGAAUUCAGAGGUGUCUAGUAAGAUGGCUUGUUCAGCAGCGGAUGCAGCUCACAUUCCCCAACUUGAUUCGAUUUAUGUGGCACAGAAUCAUACGGGGACGUUAUUAUCGCCAUUUGAUGGUACAAGUAGACAAUAAGUACUAGGUAGAGCAUGAGAAUAGGUUUACCUUGGAAAGUGAAAAAGGGAGGCAAGUCUUCCACUGACUUCAUGGAAAGCUUGCAGAUGUGUGCCAACUCUUCCUUGGCAUUAUUUCACGAAUGUUAUGUGCCUAAUUUUCAGGGAAUAAUGGCUCCAAAUUCGUGCUUCAACGGUCAACAAAAUUCUGUUACAUUGAAUUAUUUUUUAUGAUACGGCUACUAAGAUACAACCAUACUUUUGAAGUAGAAAAUAUCAAGGACCCGGCAAUUCAGAUUGACGGAUUUCUGUUUGUCCGUUUUUAAUCUGAAGUUAUAGGAAGUAUUGAGCAGCACUGUCAUUUGUACAAGUUAAAGCAUAUUCCUCACGGAACAUUGUGAGUUGUGGGCUUCCAGAUAGGUUUUAUUAAGACAAGUUCUAUUUCUAUAUACAUUGAGCUAUUGACUACCGGAUAGAUUGGUUUACAAGUUGUACAGUGAGCUGGCCAGUUCGGAUAUUUAUUUUUUUGAACGGCGGCCAGUUCGGAUAUUGUUUCUUUGAUUAGCACAUGUAUUGGCUUACAGUAA